GAAUUUUGCAUCACAAUUCUGACUAGUAAAACUAAAAUGUAAGAUACCAAUAAUGCACUCCAUGUGUAUCAAGUUUGAUCAAUAAUUGAAACUGAAAACAAAGGCUUUCAAUUCAAUCCAAAGGAAGGAGGAAUGGAGAGCGGUAGAGUUGAAGCGAAGAUGGAGAAGAAAGAAUCGGGUGGCGUCUCGCAUCUCGCUCUUGACAUUGGAGGCUCUCUCAUUAAGAUGGUGUACUUUCCAAGCAACAGCAGUAGGUCCAUUGACGAUCAGGUGAAUGGUUCUUCAAAGGACGGAUUGGCGGCUUCCGGUGGUGAUCUUCACUAUAGCCUCCUCAAUGGGAGGCUUCAUUUCUUUAAGUUUGAGACUAGCAAGGUCAAUGAUUGCAUUGACUUCAUAUCCUCCGAGCUACUUCGACACUGUGGUGCUCGGGAUAAUGAGGCUCCCAUUAGUGGAAAAAAUAUCAUCAAGGCCACAGGUGGUGGGGCAUUUAAGUUUGCCGAUUUGUUUAAGGAAAGGCUAGGAAUUACACUGGACAAGGUAGAUGAAAUGGAUUGCCUUGUAAGGGGAGCAAAUUUUUUGCUUAAGACAGUGCACCAUGAAGCAUUUACAUACAUGGAUGGCCAGAAGGACUACGUACAAAUUGACCACAAAGAUCUAUAUCCUUAUCUCCUUGUUAAUAUUGGGUCUGGCGUUAGCAUGAUAAAGGUAGAGAGUGACAGCAAAUUCCAGCGAGUUAGUGGAACAAGUGUUGGAGGUGGUACAUUCUGGGGCUUAGGGAAACUUUUGACCAAAUGCAAAAGUUUCGAUGAGUUGUUGGAGCUAAGUCAUCGAGGCAACAACAGAGUGAUAGAUAUGCUUGUUGGGGAUAUUUAUGGUGGGAUGGACUAUUCGAAGAUUGGUCUUACAUCAACAGCAAUUGCAUCUAGUUUUGGUAAGCCAAUAUCAGAAAACAAAGAGCUCGAGGAUUAUAGAGCUGAAGACAUAGCCCGUUCUCUGUUAAGAAUGAUUUCAAAUAAUAUUGGGCAGAUAGCGUACUUGAAUGCACUACGAUUUGGACUCAAGCGAAUAUUUUUUGGAGGAUUUUUUAUUCGUGGACAUUCUUACACAAUGGACACGAUAUCUGUUGCAGUUAAUUUCUGGUCAAAAGGGGAAGCAAAAGCAAUGUUUCUGCGGCAUGAAGGAUUCCUUGGGGCAUUAGGAGCCUUUUUGAGCUAUGAGGAGCAUGAUCUUGCCGAUAUGGCACAUCAAUUGUUGCAAGAAUUUCCCCAAAGUUCUUAUUCCACUGAAGAUGGCUUUCGGACCGCACGUCCUGCCACUAACUUGUAAAGCUUGCAUUGUGCAAAUAUGAAGAAGUACCAUAAACGAAGCAAUUCUAUGUUGCUGCAUUUAGUUGCAUAUGUGAAACAAAGUAGUACACCUGCACUGCAAGAACACCUAAAAAAUUUGAUAUUUCAGCACGAGUUAAAGGAAGGUUGCCCUUUUGGUAGAAAUGUCAAGGUGAGUUUAUUUCUGCUAGGUUUUUCUUUUUCCCAAGUACACUAGAUAUCUUCUGUUGUGUAAAAAUUAUACAAGGGUAUAUUAAGUGACUUUUUUUUUUUCUUUCUUUCUUUUGUGUCUGUAUGCGCGCAUGCGUGUACUGGAAAGUGUUGUAAGAACUAUAUAUGAUACUGAAAAAAGGAUUUUAUGGAGAACUCAUGUCUGUUCCUCU